AUGUCACUUAUUUGUUCUCUUUCAAAUGAAGUUCCAGAAUAUCCAGUUCUUUCACCUGUAUCUGGUUGUAUUUAUGAAAAACGUUUAAUUCUUAAAUAUCUUCAUGAAUCUCCAACAGAUCCAAUCAAUGGACAACCAUUAACAGAAGAACAAUUGAUUGAUGUUAAAGUUACACCAUUGAGUAAACCAAAACCACCAUCAGCUACAAGUAUUCCAGCUAUACUUAAAAUGUUACAAGAUGAAUGGGAUGCUUGUAUGUUACAUAGUUUUACACUUCGUCAACAAUUACAAACAGCACGACAAGAACUUUCACAUGUUAUGUAUCAACAUGAUGCUGCUUGUCGUGUUAUUGCACGUUUAAAUAAAGAAGUAACAGCUGCUCGUGAAGCUUUAGCUACACUUAAACCUCAAGCUGGUAUUUCACAAACAAUACCAAUUUAUCCACAUGAACAAUCAACACAAAUUUCACAUCAUGCAGCAGCUGGCAUUAGUGGUGAGAAUACUCAAAUAUCAGCAUCAACAGCUGAAGGAAUGACUGAUGAAAUUAUUCAAAAAUUACAAGAUAAAGCAUCUGUUUUAACACAAUUACGUAAACAACGUGGUAAACGUGUACCAGAAGGUUUAACAAAUAUUGAUGAUAUGAGAAAUUUUCGUUGUUCAGCAACACAUACUGCAUUACAUAGUGCUAGUAAUCCGGGUAUUUUAGCUCUUGAUAUAUCACCAAAAAAUUCCAGUAUUAUUCUUACUGGUGGUAAUGAUCGUCAAGCUGUUGUAUUUAAUAAAGAUAAUGAACAAGUUAUUGCAACAUUAAAAGGUCAUCAAAAAAAAGUUACACAUGUUAUUCAUCAUUUUGAAGAGGAUAUUGCAAUAACAGGAAGUUCAGAUUCAAGUAUUCGUGUUUGGCAUAUUCCAUCAGCACAAUGUCUUAAAAUUCUUAAAGCACAUGAAAAUCCAAUAACUGGCCUUUCACUUCAUCCAACUGGUGAUUAUGUUUUAUCAAGUGCAAAUGAUACUUAUUGGGCUUUAUCAGAUUUACGCACUGGAAAAUUAAUAACUAAAGUUCAAGAUACAACUUCACAAAGAGGAUUAACAUGUGCACAAUUUCAUCCUGAUGGUAUUAUAUUUGGUAUUGGUACACAUGAAAGUUUAAUUAAAAUUUGGGAUUUAAAAGAAUGUAAUAAUGUUGCUGAUUUUCCUGGUCAUGCCGGAAGUAUUAAUGCUAUUGCAUUUUCCGAAAAUGGUUAUUAUUUGGCAACUGCAGCUGAAGAUGCAUCAAUUAAAUUAUGGGAUUUACGUAAAUUAAAAAAUUUUAAAACUAUUACACUUGAAGAUCGUUAUGAAGUACGUGAUCUUGUUUUUGAUCAAAGUGGAAUGUAUCUUGGUGUAGCUGGUACUGAUGUUCGAGUAUAUCAAGCAAAACAAUGGGAUUUACUUAAAGUAUUUAAUGAUCAUACAGCUUUAGCAACUGGUGUUCGAUUUGGUUCAAAUGCAAAUUAUGUAGCAAGUUCAAGCAUGGAUCGUUCACUUAAAUUCUAUCAACAAUUAUCCCAAGAAUAA